AUGGCUACAUCUGGCUCGCAGGAAAAGAAAAGCAUUCCGCGAUUCGCCAGCUUCAAGCCUCGACCAGCUCCGCCCGAUACCGAUCGGCCUUCCGAGCCCUCCAGUCGCGAGCGAGUCGAGUCUGAGGAGAAAUCUAGGCAUCGGUCAAAACACCGCUCAAAGCGUACCAGCGAACAUAGGGGCCGCUCGCGGUCCAGCGACCGAAGGGGUGAUUGCAGGGACUCCCGCCAUCUGCGGAAGGAGAUCAGUCGUCGCGAUAAGGAGCACGUGCGCAAACCUACGCCUCCGUCGAGUGAUGUUUUGAGGGAUCCGACAGGGGACCUGACAAGGGAUUUAUCAGACAUCUAUGUGAUCGACCGCAAAGGGGACAAAUAUACCCUGGUGUACGGGACGAUACAUCGUUAUAGCGUCCCCCACUAUUACCGCAUUGGCCGAGGUCGUGUACUUGGACUUCCUCCAAACUAUCGAAUCGACCGCGAAACCAUUGGCGAGAAUGAGAUAGUCGUGAGAUCUGAAACAAUACGCACCGACUCCUCGAAAACGAGGUCGAAGAAAUUAUUAUCGAAAUCGGAGAAAUCACGGCCGAGAUUACUGCGAGUCCGACCGACCUCGUUUGCGACUGACCCAAUCGCAGCCUCGAAGGACUUUGUACCGUUGUCUGACUCUCAGCGGAGGCAACACGAUGGAUUCGCUAGCGGGUCAGAUGCGGAGGAUGAGAAAUAUGGGUACCGGUCGAUUCAUGGCAAACUAAAGCCUGAGGAGGGCCUGCCUAACGACCUAGAGCCGUUGACAGAUUCCGAGUUGAGUGGCGAGGAGACUGUUCGACAAGACCCGGAUUGGGAUAUCAAACAGCGAAAUGUAGAACUUUCACGGGUUGUUGGAGAACGCCCUACCGAUGUCGAUGCUUGGCUACGGCUUAUUGACCAUCAAGAGACUGUUCUUAGAGGGUCGUCAAAACAUUCAAGUCUCUUGACCACUGCCGAGCAUAAAGGUUUGGCUGAUAUCAAGGUCUCUUUGUACGAAAAGGCGUUGAAGAAGAUUGGUCAGGGUCCUGGUCGAGAUCGCCUUCUUAUCGGACUUCUGGAGGAAGGAACGAAGCUGUGGGACACAAAAAAGGUAUUGGAGCAGUGGCAGUCCACUCUGAAAGCCAACUCGCAGUAUAUCAACCUCUGGGUGAAAUAUCUCGAUUUCCGCCAGACAGAGUUUCUUAAUUUCACCCAUGGUCAGUGCCUUGCAACGUUCAUCGAAUGCCUACGUCUGAAUAAGAUGUCCCCGGAUGGGCCGGAGAAAGCCUGUGUGCAAAUAUAUCUAUUUCUCCGACUAACGCUUUUCUUACGUGAAGCGGGAUACACGGAGCAAGCAACUGGCCUCUGGCAAGGAAUUCUGGAGCUGGCUUUUUUCCGACCGCAAGGCGUCGAUGUCCACAUGGUUACAGACGAAGUGCUGUCUGCAUUCACGGAUUUCUGGGACUCAGAAGUAGCUCGGAUUGGUGAGCCUGGGGCCAAGGGUUGGAAAAAUAGCAAUGUGGCCUUAUUUGAGCCUAAAACUUUCCAGCCGCAGCACCAUCUCAACUCAAAGUCCAUGUUUGCAUCAUGGACAGCCUGUGAAAGAGAACGUAUGCUCAUUGCUCAACUCCCGGCCCGAAGCUUGGAUGAGCCAGAAGAUGAUCCAUACCGCGUGGUCCUUGCCAGUGACCUCUUAGAAAUUCUCUCUCUCGCAUCGUUACCUGAUUCGAUAUCUGAGCUCAUUGAGGGUUUUAUAUAUUUCUCUCAUCUUCCGCCUAUAAUAACCGUCAACAACUAUAGGACAACCGGUUGUUGGAUGGGUGACAGCUUUCUGCGAAACGAGUUAUCAGCUGCCUCGAUCGCGAACCUCGAUGACUGGCUUCCAACGACAACUAAGGGAGAAUCCGGCAUCUCGCCAACAAUCUUUCCUCAUCAAUAUUUUAUCCACGAUUAUGACACCUAUUUUGCAGAUCCGGAGAAUUGGUUCUCUUCUUUCAAUGCUUGGCUCAAGGCUACCUCUGACCCAGCAUGCAGUGUUGUUCGUGACUGGACUCGAAGAACUCUGAGGCUGUUGGUUGAUGCAUACUCGUCGGAUGAGCUAUUGGCUGAGUACACUGUCGCAGUCGAAUUCGCCUGCAAUUCCAAAGAAGCCAAAAGGUAUGCAAAGUCACUACUCAAAAAGAGGCCUUCAAGCCUCCGACUGUAUAACGCAUAUGCAAUUAUGGAGCGUCGAGAUGGCAACCACGCAGCUGCUGAUCAUGUUUGGGCCACGGCUAUCUCUAUGAGUAAAUCGUUUCCAAGCCAACAACGAGUUGACAGCGUUAUUCUGUGGCAUACCUGGAUAUGGGAACUUUUGGAGGCUCGAAAUAUAGCCCACGCCGCCCAUCUCUUGGUUUCCAUGCCGCAGAGCAACAUCGAUCUUAAAACAUUUCCCGAUGCGUCUCAGCAAUCAUCGUUUAGCCCUGCUAAUCAGCUGAAGCUACGUAACUAUCUAUCGGAGAUCCAAGAAAGCGCUAUUGCAGACCGAAAACCGAGCAUUAUCAAAGCCUGUACCGACAGUCAGGCUAUCUUAACGUACCUCAUUGACGCACAAGACGUCAACAAGGCCCUUGAUGCAUACAGCGCCACGAUCAACAGACUUUCCGCUCUCCCGAAUCCAGACUCAGGCCCCACGCAGACCUUCAUAUCAUAUGCAACCGAACUCCUGCACCAAGCUCGCGCAAAACUCCUCUACUACCACCUCCGCACAAGCACCCUCUACAAACCAUCCGCGAUCCGCUCAAUAUUAAACGAAAGCAUCGCGUCUUUCCCUCAAAACACAAUAACGCUCUCUCUCUUUGCUUGGAACGAAUCUCGCUUCCGCAUUGAGGAGCGUGUCCGCGAGAUUAUGCGAGACAUCACUACCACAACCACCACAACAUCAUCCCAAUCCAUCAACAAUAUUAACGCAAUCCCAAUAACAUCACAUCUUUUCUCCAUCUACACAGAAUUAAACCGCCCAACAUACGCUGGUUCGACACUGCACUCUGUUCGCGCUGCGUUCGAGAAGGCUGUCGGAGACCAGAAUUCAUCACCUUCAUCCCGUACAUCCACAGGCCGCGGUAGCAUAAGCCUCUGGAAACUCUAUAUCCUUUUCGAACUCUCUCGCAGUGAGCUAAUCCGCGCAAAGAGUGUCUUCUACCGCGCCAUGCGCGCGUGCCCCUGGUCCAAAGAUAUCCUCAUGCUCGCGUUCAGCCAGCUGCGCGAAGACACUGCCACCAGAGAAGGUGAAAGCGGCAAAGGGAUGAGCUUCCACGAACUGCGCCACGUAUAUAACGUUCUUGUUGAGAAGGAACUGAGGAUUCAUAUUGACAUUGAGCGGGAACUGGAUGAGAUGGCUGUGAAGAUGGAGAAAGAGCGAGGUGCGGAGUUCGGUAUGCCUAUAUCCAUGCCAGACGAUGCUGCGAGUGGGGAUGAAAAUGAGGCGGUGCAGAUGUAAUGUCGUAUAAUGUAGCAGUACUUAAGCAAUGCUCAUUACGAGAUCUAGUCUGUGAAAGAUGG